CUCUUAAUUAUUUUCCAAAUAAUAUGCAACUUACAGGAAUUGGAGCCUUUAUCCUUGCAACAGGAGCAUUCGUGUCUGCUGCCACCACCACCACUAAAGCUACCUCAACCAAAUCAACUGGUAUUUUGGCUGUAGAAUCGCCCAAAUGGUUGCCUGAUUUUGGCGUCCCUACUGGCGUCAACUCUGGUUACCCAACAGGUCCCAUUGACACUACCAAAACAAUUUCUCAUACCAGUUUGAACCUCAAAAACUACCCUGAGCCUUGGACAGCACCCUCUACUACCCAUCCUGAAGUAAAGGCUGUCAUUGCCGCUUUGGAUUGGACCAAGGUCCCUAAAGCCCCUGUGGUCAAAGUCAAUGCCGCCGGCGAGAUUGAUAUGACCUCUUAUGACGCUGCUAAAGAUCCUUAUUGUUGGUGGUCUGAUUCCAACUGUGUCAAGCCUAAAGCUUCUUACUUGCCUACCGAUGUCUCUAUCUGUCCUAAUGCUGGUGACUGGGGUCUUAAUUACGACGAUGGUCCAUAUAACCCUAUUGGAGAUAAAGCUACCGAUAAGUGGGCAGAGCCCGAACUUUAUAACUUUUUAGCAAAGAACGGCAAUCAAAAGGCAACUCUUUUCUAUAUCGGUUCUAAUGUUGCCACAUUCCCUGAAGCUGCUAAGCGUGCUAUCAACGAUGGUCAUGUUCUUUGUGUUCAUACUUGGUCCCAUCCUCAAAUGACUACUCAAACUAAUGCCCAAGUUGUUGCCGAGCUUUACUGGACUCUUCGUGCUAUCAAGGAAGCCACUGGUGUUACCACCAAGUGCUGGAGACCUCCUUUUGGCGAUGUCGAUGAUCGUGUCCGUGCUAUUGCUCACCAAAUGGGUCUUCAAACUAUGAUCUGGGAUCAAGAUACCAACGAUUGGGAUAUGCCCGGAGAAGGUGGAGGAAAUUUAGCUCCUUCCAAGGUGGAUGGCUAUUUCCAAGGCUGGAUCAACACCCGUAAGAAGGGUACCGAUAAGACCGGUCAUAUUGUCCUUCAACAUGAGCUUAACAAUGCUACUGUAAAGAUGGCCGAAAAGUGGUUGCCCAAGCUUCAAACCUCAUUUAACGUUGUAACCAUUCAAGAAUGUUUGAAUGUCGCUCAACCUUACUGGGAAAAGAACUGGAUUUAUCCUACUGAGAAAAACGCCACAAUCUCUUCUAAUAGUACUAUUGCUUCUAAUGCUACCGCUGCUCCCACUACUACUACCACCACACCCGCUGCAAUCUCUACACCUUUAGUAACUGACAUUGACCUUACUCCUGCUACAACCCCUGUUACUACUCCUGCCACAGCUCCCGCUGCAGAUGUCAACUUGAGCAACAAGGGAUCUUUAGAAUCCUCUGCCACUCUUCUUACAACUAGCGGUGCCUCUCUUUUUGCUGUCGCUGCUUCCCUUGCGGCUUAUUUAUAUUAAUUGUUUUUUUUUAAUUUUGCUAGGCAUUGACAUAUUAAUAUAAACUGGGGUUUUCUUGCAUAACAAAGCUUAAAUUUGUUAUUUUUUUGUACAUAACAUAUUAAAAAAAAGUAAAAGAUAUUAUUGAUUAAUAAUACUUUUUUUAAUUGAA